AGCAAAAGAGAGAACACGCUCACAGACACAGCGUGCGCGUCAUUUCAAAUUUGAGCGGAAAGAGGAAUUGGCGGAACAUAUUAGGGUUUUGGAGAAACCCAGAGAGAGAGAGAGAGAUUUGACUGGGGGGUUUGGGGUUUUGGCGAGUAGCGGAGAGAGAUAUCGUUAAUUUCUAGCUUCCUCCAAUUGCAAUUCCAAACCCCCACGAAGCAGCAGUGCUCGCCGAUCAUCAAGUUAAUGAAGCAGAACCGAAGCGGCAGUGCUUGCCAUUCUGUUCCGCUUCUGAUGAUCACCCUCCUUAUCCAUCUCCCUUGAUUCCUCUUUUUAAUUCCUGCUGGUAUUUCGGGAUGGAAGAGGAUGUUGGAAGGUUCUUGGAAAGGAACAUGGGGAGGAAGAGACGAUUCUCAAAUUCUAUUCAUGCUGAGAAACCCAAGAAGUCCUGUAAGUUUUCGGAUUCAAAAAACAGGGUUUUGCCUUCAUCCCAACCAAAUCUCUGUAAAUUUUGUGGAAAACGGUUUCGAUCGAUGAGAGCUCUGUGCGGACACAUGAGGUGCCACUCUAACAAAUACAGGGCCUCCAAUGGAUCAUCGAUUCGUUUAGAACAGAAACUGGGCUUUCUUCUUGAUGGCCAAUCUAACGGCCAGACUGCGGUUCCGAUUCGUAGAAAACGUUCGAGGAGGGCAGGGUGCAGAGUCCCUGCAACUCCUUUCAUUGAUUUUAAUUAUUCUUCAUCCAUUUCUGAGAUAGGCGAAGAAGAAGAAGAAGAAGAGGGAGCUAUGAGUUUGCUUAUGCUUUCUUGUGGAAUGGGCAAUGAAAGCAGGUUUAAAUCACUGACUGACUCUUUCGACUAUACUAAUGGCUAUGGAUUCGACGAUACUCCGUGUCCGAUGGUGUUUCCAAUGGGAGUGGGCAAUUGGGGAAGGUUUCUCAAGAAGGAAUAUGAUUCUACUGAACCCAAGAUGUCUGAAUUGGAAGAUGGGACUAAAAAGGAAUUCGGUAACGGGAGAAUGGAAACCCUCCUAGCUGCGUUGGAUAAGGAUAUGAUGACUGGACGCGAAGUGCAUCCAACUAAUUUGGAAUCCGUGGAGACCAGUUCGAGAAAGAAAGCCAAGCUUGAUGAUACUUGUCAUCCUGAAUUAAGGGGAAAUUGUUGCAGUAAGACAAAAUAUGUUGCUUCUGAUUCUGAAAUGGUUGAUAAUCCACAGGAAGGAGGGAAUUACACUUGGUGGACCUUCCACAAGGGCCUCCGUUCCCAGCGGCCGUUCAUGAGUCGCAGGAAAAGCCACAAGACAGUUAAAACUUGCCCUGCUUCCGACACCCGUAGCUGUAGGAAGAGCAAUGAGAAUUCAAUUGAGCAUCGAGUGGGUGGAAUGACUGUGGGAGGUUAUUACAUGGAGAAGAGUGAGGGGCACCAGUGCUCAAUUUGCUUCAAGGUGUUCCGAUCAGGGCAAGCUUUGGGUGGUCACAAGAGGACUCAUUUUCUUGGGAAUUCUGAAACCACCGUGCAGCAGAUGGUAAGAAAUCAAGAGGUUUCCAAAGUUGAUGAAGUCUUUAAUCUUAAGAAAGAGGCCAAUGACCAUGUGGUGUUCAAGCACUGUUGGGCAGGAAGUAAUCUUGAGCUCAAGCCACUUAUGGUUCUGAUCUCUAGCUGAAAAAAUUAGCUUUUGACGGCUGCAAAAAUAAAGUUGUCUAUAUGUAGAGCGAAAAUUUGCUUUUAUAUAUCUGUUUUGCAGCAGCUAUUAUCAUAUUUCUCGCCUACGUUGUGUUUGAUUUGGAAAAAUUUCCAUUACAAAAUUUAAUCCGGAAUUUCAUUUUGUAAUUGAAAUUUUGUCCCCUUGCAUUGUAUCACUCAUCGAACUAUUAAUGAGAAUAAAGGAGCAGCAUUCUCUUGGUUAA